UUAUUGUAGCAUUUCAACAUCUACAUAAAUAGAUAGAUUACAUCUUGACAAUUAUUAGUUGAUGUUACUCAAGUUUACAUUUAAGAGUUACAGUGUGUUUUAUUUACUUAACACUUGUUCAUGACCUAAAAUGUUUAAGUCUACAAGAUAAAACCUUGUUCUUUGGAAACAAAAGUGUGUCUUUGCAUAUAACCUAGGGUUGUGAGAAUUGUACUGUAUAUAAUAAAUAUAUUGCGUAUAAAUAAAUGAUAAACAUAUCCAGUGCUUGCGAAUUGUAACAUUUAUAUGUUUUGAAAAUCAAAUGACUUCCAAAAUGGAUAGUAAAACCCUGUGCUCUUCUUUCAAGACAGAGUGUAAAUACUGUUGGUACAAGUCAGGCUUUGGAAAGUCCUCCCACUUCUACUGCAGUGCUUUCCAGUAUUGCUGUGGCGACAAAUGUUGUGAAAAUAUAGAUGAAUUCUACAAGCUGUGGUAUUUUUGGUUAUGCAUUCUUGUUCUGAUCCUCUCUGCAUUUGUGGCUUUCUAUUGGCUGAGAAAUCAUUAUGGCAACAACAGGUCAGCUCAGGAACAAAGAUCAAGGUCACACAGACGGUCAAGAUCAGGAAGGAGAUACAGGCAACUGACAGGGGACAGUGUGACAUCAGCCCCCUCGGUCAUUAUCCCUGAUUCUGUAGUCACAGCCCCACCCCCGUACAUGGGUGACAACACAGGAUGCCCACAUCUGGGACCCCCGCCAUACUUUCUGGGGUCAGGAAGUUCUAUCAACUCACAGCCACGAUUUCCUCCGCCCUACAGUAAGAUAGAAAAACAGCCACCACCUAGCUACAGCAGCACUGUUGAAAUUGACGUUGUUGACAGUAAUGGUGCCAUUCAUGGAAAGAGUGAAAAAAAAUAAUGAUCGCAGUGAUGAUAACUCUAGUAGUUGAUGUACUAUGAUUAUGAUGGCGGUUAAUAUUUAGCUUGUUCAUAUUCAUAAUUUCCAAUCGAUGGGUAAAAUCCAAUUAAUUCCGCGUCAUUUAGACUAGGCUUUUAGUUGGCUUCCCUCUGACAAAAUAGUCAGUGAUAUAUAGGAGAUAUUAAGAAGCACUUCAUCACAUUGUUCUGUAUUGGAAAAUGAAGAUAAAAACUUCCUUAAGAUAGCACUGAAACAGAUGCAAAUCUUCAAGAGUCAUGUGAAUUAUUUAACUUGAAUGAAAAUGUUAUUGGAAAAAACUCCGGUGAAACAGCACAUAUUUUUGUAAAAAGUUGUUGCAAAAACAUAAGUUGCAAAAGCGUUUUUAAAACAAAAAAACUACAGCGCUUCCAUUGCAACAACAACAACUACAACUGCAGAAGCACAAACAACAACAGUACUUCCAUUGCAACAACAACAACUACAACUGCAGAAGCACAAACAACAACAGGACUUCCAUUGCAACAACAACAACUACAACUGCAGAAGCACAAACAACAACAGUACUUCCAUUGCAACAACAACAACUACAACUGCAGAAGCACAAACAACAACAGUACUUCCAUUGCAACAACAACAACUACAACUGCAGAAGCACAAACAACAACAGUACUUCCAUUGCAACAACAACAACUACAACUGCAGAAGCACAAACAACAACAGUACUUCCAUUGCAACAACAACAACUACAACUGCAGAAGCACAAACAACAACAAUGCUACUGUUGCAACAACAACAACGUUGACAGUACUACAGUAGUGCCACAUGAUGAAAUAUCAACAAUGCUACCUUUGCAACAAAACAACUACAGAAGCUCAAACAACAAAAAUGUCACCGUUGCAACAGCAACAAUAACAGCAACAUCAGUACUACAAAAGUGCCAUAUGAUGAAAUAACAACAAAAGUGUUUAUAGAAAUGAAUUACGGAGAGAAACUGACAAGGAAUAUUCAUGUAUUCGUUAUAACUAAUGAUCUUUAACUCAAAGUUAUAAUGGUUCUCAGAUCAACCUGUUAGCCGAACAACGACUUGUUAGAGACAACAACGAGAUCCCUGUUUGGAAACUUAGCCAAAGGAUGACAACUUUAUGUCGUGCUCUCACUUAAAUAGUUGUUUUAAGGUUAUAAACUUAUUUUUCUUUCAGUAAUAGGGUUAAGGAAGAAUUUAGAUUUUUCUAUUGUCAAAUUCUAUUGUUCAAUUUCUGUUGUAAAUAUUUUGUUAGAAUGUUGACAUUGUAGUUGAUUGUAAAUUUGAUUAAUUAGCUUUGCCCUGCUUGUUAGAACAUUUUUUCACAUUCUCUUUCUUCAUGCCUUGCUCAAUUUACUUUGAAUUUGUUUGUUGAAAGUGGCUCUUUAUAAUUGUCAUAGCAAUGGUGACAUUUUCAGCAUCAACGUUAUGCAGGGCCUUUAAUCUUUGACAGAAAGAACUCAAAUCAUUGAAAGGUGUUAACAUGAAACUUGGUACUCAUGUUGACUAUGACAAUCACUCAUGUUCCAUAACUCUGGCUAAAAUUCAUGUCAGAUUAUGUCCCUUGAUCCAGUGGUCGAAAUUAUCGCAAACCUGCAAGCUGUGGUAAAAUGCUUUCUGGGCUUGCUCAAAUUUUAGAUUUUGUGAAGCAGGAUCAUUGAAUUUUUAUCAAUGCUGACUUUUUAGUGUAAGAAUUUGAGCUGAUUUACUAACAUGAAAGGUGGAGCGUGGGCAUUUGUUAUUGGUGCUCUAGUUACAAUUAAUUGAUGCUUUUAGACACCUUAUAUUUUCCAAGGCAGGGCUUUUGUAGACAUUAAAAUUAUUUUAACAUGGAGGCAUGUUCUUUGUCAUUUUAAAAAGAUGUUAAAAGUAUUAAGUUAUGAUUUUAUGAUGUUAAAAUUAUUAUGCUUUUAUUUUUCAUGCACAUUUGGAAAAAAGUUUUAUGUACUUAAAGGGACUAGACACCAAAUGGUCCAAAAAUAGGCAAAUACAAUAUUUCCUCAAAACCAGCCUAGAAUUAACAAUGCAAGCUAGUAUGAGUCUGAUAAAAAUUUUUUUACAUGAUUAAAAUCAUAUUUUAUUGCUGUCUCAGCUGAGUUUACCUGUUUAAAAAUAGUGCAUAUUGGUUUCCCAGUUUAUAGUGUGUAUAUUUAACAUGUGAAGGUCCUGUGAUUAGUACAGAUACAUAUACGCUAUUUUAAAUUUACUUAGAUUUAGGCUGUAGAGAAACCAUGUAAAUUUUGCAUUGGAAAAAUGUGCUAAAAAAUGCAAAAGAUAUGUGUGUUGUAAGCGAUGUGAUACAUCAGUAAAUAAGAUUCAAUGCAUUGUACACAACGAUAUUAAUUAUGGAAGUUUUUGACAAUUUUCUUUUUUCUUACAAUGGUAAUAUCAUCUGGUGUCUAGUCCCUUUAAUCUUUGCUUCCAAACUUGGUGAAUUGUAUUUUGAUAAAUAUAAUAGCCUUGACUUUGAACUUUUAAAUCUUUUAUAAAGUUCAUGAAGGAUAUUCUUUAUGAAAAAUGCACUUUUUGACGUUAGUUUGAUGUUUUUCAUCUUUCCUCCCCAACUUGGAGAUUCGUAUAUUGAUUAUUACUAAAGACUUACCAAUCUUUUAUUAAGUGCAUGGAGAUUUUAGUAUUUGUUGUUUAAGUUUUGUUAUCAAUGCCAAAAUUAUAUGAUUUUUAUCAGAUGUUUUUUUCAAUUAUCAUAGAAUGUUUCCUUUUCAUGAAUAUUAUUCUUUUCCAUUUUUCUAGUCAUUUUGUCUGACAUGUCCCUAUCUCUUUGUUGUUUUUUUCGACUGAUAAAUUUACAAAGGUUGUUAAUUUGUGCCAAUGAUUUUAGUUUUAUUUUAAAAACAUUAUGUUUUUCAAAGGUUAGAGGGUGACUUUUCGAAAACAAUUCCUUGCCAAAGAUGUACAUCUGAACUUAACACACUUUCAAAGGAUAAAUCAUUUAUGUUUUAGCUUAGGGCUAUUCUAUUUAAACAUAUAUGGGGGAAGGCACUUUUAAAGUAUGCCUUACCCUUACAGAAGCACAUUUACCCUUUUGGGGUCCAAAUUAGCGGAAAAAAAAGACACCCACCCAUAUACUAUUAAAAUAA